AUGUUCAAAGGUGAUACCAAGUAGAUACUUGAAGGAGUCACAUAAUGCGUACUCAAUGCAAAUUUUACUGAUGUUCUGAGUCUUGAAAACCCUGAUUAGGAUCAACUUGAAAUCCAGAGCUUUAUUAAGAAAAAUUAUCCUGAUGAAAGCUACAAGAUUUAGUACGGAUAAUUCAUCAUAAGAGGGAUGUAAAGUUAUCUAGGGGCUCCUAAUCUAUUAGGAGCAGUGGACUCAUUAAAAUUAUUUGCCAGAGAAAUCUAGCUAUACAAGUUAUCUUUCAAUAUGAGUGGCUGUAACUAAUCUUAUCCCAUCAGAACAUCUUACCUCAAGAACGCUUAUUUGCAAUUCAAUCAGGCAUAGAAUAUUAAGGGUGACCUCUUUGCUAUAGUAUUAAAUGGGGUAAACACAACCACUAAUGUGAAAAACAUUUAGACCUACUUCGACCAGCCUGACUUGGAAAAUACUGCUCUUAGCUUUGGCAAGCUUAUGAAUCCAUUUAUAAACAUGAAAAUCUCUGGUACCUCAAUGUCAACUUAAGAUGAGAAGCUCUAUUUUAUUCUAGAUAAAUUACUCUGUAUAAAAGGUUCCUCGACUUUUCAAAAUUCAGCUUAGAUUUAUAAUUUUGUUAAGGGAAUGGGGUCUGAUUUCUUUACAUCCUUAGAUUAAAGCUUAGCUUAGAUUACUAGUAAUCAGACGGCUCUCUAUCAUUCGGUAUUCUAUGAGAUGCUGAGUAGCAUCAAUUAUCUAAACAAUAACAUCCAAUCUUACAAUAAUGACUACGGCACUUCCGUCUGGAAUACUGAUUUCAUUAAUUGUAUUGCGCUUAUUCAAGGCAAAAUGAUAAAUAGUGAGUAAAGUGAUUUGGUUGAAAAAAUUAUCUUCAAUUAUCAAAGAUAAUCUUACGGAGAGUUAACUGUUAAUUUGAAGUCAGUAGUUUCAAGUCUUUGUGCACAGAGUAGAAGAAGAUGA